AUCUUACAAAAACAACAAAAUGUCCAAAGAAGAGGAAAAUACAGCCUCUUGGGGGACUCCUAACGAAGUCAACGUAGAUGACUCCAAGGAGAUCUUCAGGAAGCUAUCCCGCCAAAUUAGCAAAGAACACCCAGAACAGCGCAAAUCAUUAGGCACUUCAGAAGCUACUGCCCAGGAAGAAGAAGAAGAGUUUGACUUACAUUCUUUCAUCACAGGAGCUAGACAACGCUUCAAGGAUGCUGGUAAAACUCACAAGCCACACCUGGGUAUUGCCUGGAAAAACUUGACCGUAAAAGGUGCAGGAAGUGGCGCCACUUUCGUCAAAACUUUCCCAGAGGCAGUCUUAUCAACAUUUGGUCCUGAUUUAUACGCUUUCAUCACACGUUACAUUCCUCAAUUAGAUAUUAUCGGUAAAAGACCACCAGUACGCAACCUCAUAGAUGAUUUUACUGGGGCACUCGGCAACGAAAUGAUGCUUGUCCUCGGUAAGCCUGGUUCCGGUUGUACCACCUUCCUCAAGGCUUUGGCCAACAAGAGAGAAGGCUAUGUUGACGUGCUCGGUGAUGUAGACUACGGUGGAUUGACCCCAAGCGAGGUUAAGCACAAGUACCGUGGUGAAGUUGUCAUCAACACUGAGGAAGACAUCCACUUUCCUACACUCACCGUCGCACAAACCCUCGCUUUCGCUUUACGUGAAAAGGUUCCUCGUGUCAGACCUCAAGGAAUGGCUAGAUCCGAAUUCGUCAAUUACAUCCUUGAAGCUCUUUUGAAAAUGUUCGGUAUUGAACAUACCGCAAAUACCGUCGUAGGAAACGACUUUGUUAGAGGUGUCUCUGGUGGUGAACGUAAGAGAGUUUCUAUUGCUGAAACCCUCGCUACAAGAGCCUCUGUUAUGUGUUGGGAUAACUCGACUCGUGGUUUAGAUGCUUCAACAGCUGUUGAUUAUGUCCGUUCAUUACGUAUUAUCACAGAUGUCACUGGUGGUACCUCCAUUGCAACUCUCUAUCAAGCUGGUGAAGGUAUUUACGAGCUCUUCGACAAGGUUUGCUUGAUCGACGAUGGUCGUUGUAUCUUCUUUGGUCCAGCCAACGAAGCUUGUGCAUACUUCGAAAGUUUAGGUUUCUACAAGCCACCACGUCAAACAUCUGCUGAUUUCCUUACCGGUAUCACUGAUGUACAUGAACGUACUUACAAGGAAGGCUGGGAAGGCCGUGCUCCUCGUACAACUGAAGAUCUUGAGAAAGCUUACAAGAGCUCACAUUAUUACCAAGCAGCUGUUGCCACUUCUGACAACUCUUUCGCUUCUGAGAACAAAGAACUUGGUGUUUUCAAAGACUCCGUUCGCGAGGAAAAGAAGAGACGUAUGGCUAAGAGCUCUCCUUACACUGUCUCAUACUUUGAACAAAUUUAUUAUUGUGUUAUUCGUCAAAUUCAAUUACAACUCGGUCAAUUAGAUGGUUAUUACACUAAAUUCGGUACUAUUUUGGUUGUUUCUUUCGUCGUCGCCUCAAUGUUCUAUGGUGAAGCUCAAAGCACUGACGGAGCAUUCUCACGUGGUGGUAUUCUAUUCUUCUCGAUCCUGUUUAUUGGUUGGCUUCAAUUACCUGAACUUUUUGAUGCGGUUAAUGGAAGAGUCAUCAUUCAAAGGCAACGGGAGUUCGCCUUCUAUCGUCCAUCAGCUGUCGUUUUCGCCAGAGCAAUUGUUGAUAUACCAAUUUUGUUCUGUUGCGUCACUCUCAUGUCUAUCAUUGUUUAUUUCUUGGCUUCACUUCAGUACACCGCUGGUCAAUUUUUCAUCUACUAUCUCUUCGUUUUCAUUACAGCAAUGUCUUUGACACAGUUCUACCGUGCAGUUGCUGCUUUGUCACCAACGUUCAACGAAGCUAUUAGAUUCUCAGUCUGUGCACUCAACAUUGCAGUUGUCUUCGUUGGUUAUGUUAUUCCACGUACAGACAUGCCAUCUUGGUUUAAGUGGAUUUCUUACAUCAACCCUCUUCCGUUCGCUUUCGAAGCGGUCAUGGCAAAUGAAUUCCAUGGUAUGACACUCUCUUGUGAGGAAUCUUCAAUCGUUCCAUUCGGUGUUCCAGGAGCAGAAGAACAAUAUCAAACUUGUGCCUUCCAAGGUUCUGUACCAGGUAAUUUAAGUAUUCCUGGUGAUAACUAUCUCGAAACUGCCUUUGGAUACAGCUUUUCGCACGUAUGGCCAAACUUCGGUUACGUUAUGGCUUACACUGUUGGUUACUUACUCGCUACUGCCCUCUUCACUGAGAUCUUUGACUUCUCUGGUGGUGGUGGUGGUGUCACAGUUUUCGCAAAGACAAAGAAAGGAAAAGCUAAGGCCAAAGAGAAUGAAAAGGCUCUUAUGGGUGAUCUCGAAACUGGUCCUGCUUCACGUACAACUGAUGAGAAAGGUGGUACAACUGAAGUCCAACCUGGCUCCAUCAAACCAUCUGAAGCUGAUUUCACUUUCAAGAACGUUUCUUAUACUGUUCCAACCCCUGGCGGUGACAGAAAACUCCUUAAUGACAUCACAGGUUUCGUUAGACCUGGUACUAUCACCGCUUUAAUGGGCGCUUCCGGUGCUGGUAAGACUACACUUCUUAACACACUCUCACAAAGAAUGUUCAUGGGUGUUGUUUCCGGCGAUAUGUUUAUUGAUGGCAAACCACUUGAAUUAAACUCAUUCCAAAGAGGUACUGGCUAUGUUCAACAAGGUGAUCUACACGACAGAUAUGCCACUGUCAGAGAAAGUAUCGAAUUUUCAGCUAUUCUCAGACAACCACGUGAAACACCACGCGAAGAAGUUUUGGAAUACGUUAAUCAAGUUCUUGACUUACUUGAAUUGAGAGAUAUUGAAGACGCUAUCAUCGGUACACCUGAAGCUGGUUUAACUGUUGAGCAACGUAAGAGAGUCACUAUCGCUGUAGAAUUAGCAGCUAAACCAGAUGUACUUCUCUUCCUUGAUGAACCUACGUCAGGUCUCGAUUCUCAAUCUGCAUAUUCAAUUGGACGUUUCUUGGAAAAACUCGCACGUGCAGGACAAGCUAUUUUAUGUACAAUUCACCAGCCUUCAAGUUUACUCUUCACUGAAUUCUUCGACCGUCUUCUGUUGCUCGCACCUGGCGGUAACGUAGUUUAUCAAGGUCCUGUUGGUGAUAAUGGUCAUGCUAUUGUUGAUUACUUCAAGCGCAUCGGUGCACGCGAAUGCCAAGGUCAUGAAAAUGUUGCCGAAUACGCUAUCGAGAUGAUUGCUUAUGGUCGUGAUGCUAAAGGUAACAAGGUUGAUUACGCUGACCUUUACCGUCACUCAAAGGAAGCUGCUGAGGUUGCUGAGGAAGUUGAAAGAAUUAAUGCUGAGAAGUCACAAAAGCCAAGAGAACUUACCAGGGCCAUGACCAGAACAUUUUCACAACCAAUGUCUGUUCAAUGUUGGCAACUCCUUAAGCGUACUAUGAAGAACUACUGGAGAGACUCAGCAUACGGUUACGGUAAACUUUUCGUCACAUUCAUCGUCGCUUUAUUCAACGGUUUUACUUUCUUUAAGAUUGGUAACGCACAACAAGAGUUACAACAACGUAUGUUCUCGACUUUCUUGAUUGUUAUGCUUCCACCUGCUAUUUUAAACGCAACACUUCCAAAGUACUACGAAUCAUGGGGUCUCUUCAUGGCUAGAGAGAAUCCUAGCAAGAUUUAUUCAUGGCAGGCAUUCUUGACUAGUUUUAUGAUUAGUGAAGUUCCUUUCGCUCUCAUUUGCGCAGUUACUUACUGGGUUGUUUGGUACUGGCCAGUCGGUUUCUCAUACACCGCAGACAGUGGUAUUAGACUCGGUAGUGAUCCUGCUUUGACAUUCUUGUUAACGAUAGAGUUUAUGCUUUUCGUUGCUUUAUGGGCUAUUUGGUUAUGUGCUUCAGCACCUAGCCCACACUUCGUUGCCAACUCUAUGCCAUUCCAUUUGGUUGUUCUUAACUUAAUUAACGGUAUUAUCAUCCAAUAUGGAAAUAUUCCAGUUAUUUGGCGCUACACUUUAUACUACAUCAAUCCUCUCACUUACUUCCUCGAUGGUAUGAUUGGUGCAACGACGUCAGACGUUUCUAUCAACUGCGCUGAAAAUGAACUUGCUACCUUCAAUCCACCACCAGGUCAAAGUUGCGAAUCUUACGCUGGUGCAUACACAGAAAUGGCACCAGGCUAUCUCGUUAAUGGUGAUGCAACAUCUGGCUGUCAAUAUUGCCCAAUGUCAGACUCAAGUAGUUUCUUAACCAGUAUUCACGUAUAUCAAGGAACCGGAUGGCCAUGGGGUUACUUCGGUAUAUUCAGUUUAUACACCUUCAUCUCAAACGUAGCCCUAGUGUAUGGAUUAUACUGGCUUACCAAGGUCAAAUUCUUUAGCCCUACAAUGUUUCUGCAAAUUGGAAUCGGCAAGUUUAUUGGUUUAUUCAAGAAAAGUUCUUAAGGGAAAUUUUCGUGAUAUUCCAAAUAAAGUUGGCAUUGUUUCUUGACAUCCCUUGCAUAGGUUAAUCUGGUUUAAACACUCUUUACAAUCUUUACAUAAUGAUCCUCUAUUUAUCGUAUAUAUUACUCAUAUAAUUGUUACUAUAUAUAUUAGUAUACAUAGUUAGUAAUCA